AUGAAGCGAUUCGGCGUGACACGGUAUGUCCUUCUGGCGAUCGAACACAUUCGAUGCAUCGGUUGGAAGCAGCUUCCCUACACGCGUGCAGCCCGACUGCAUGGAAUGACGCCGCCAUCUUGCCUGGGCCGAAGUCUGAAGAUUCGAAAUUUGAAGCUGGCGUUUUCAUACAAACCACGGGCCCCGUGGCAAGACCCAGUGGCAAGACCCAGUGGCAAGACCCUGUGGCAAGACGUUUAG